UGGAUAUAAGAUAUUAUGCUAACCACUUGUGUGAAUAUGCAAGUCUGAAUAUGCAACUUAUUUUUGGUCAUGCAGCCUAAACGUUUUCCACUCUGACUCCAAAAUAAAUGAAUUGAUGGAACAUUUGUUAAUGAAACCAACACCGACACUGUCACACAAAGCAUAAGAAGGCCUAGACUUGCAUAUUCAUUUAUUAUAAUACCACUCAAAUUUAUUUUUCAUCUUGCCCAAAAUGAAAACAAUUCUGAGUUCAUAAAAUGUUUACUUGAGGUUAAUAUUUUCCUGUGUCGGCCAAACUUUGCAGAUUGUUUUCGUUUCCCCCUUCACCGAAGGUUUCCAACCUCCCCUUUAAGGAUGUUCGUGUAGGUGACUUCAGCCAAUGAUGGGACCCUGUAUUCCACAGAAAGACCCGGUGAAACUUGAGCUACUAGUUGUUUAAAGGGCUUUUCUCCCCCCACUCACAAGCCCCAAUCUCUUCGGGCUCGUUAGCAUAUCACGUGCCAGAACCUUAAUGAACUGGACACACGGGUCUUGGUUGCGCAUGCGCUCACGUAAAAUGUAGUUGGAAAUGAGGUGUCGGUCUUGGAGUAGUCGACUUUUAAAAACCAUCGGCAGCCCCUGAUAUGACGACUUCACUGGUUCUGCAUCCACGCUGGGCGGACACCUUGAUGUACGUUUAUGAAAAAAGCCCGAAUGAAAAUAAUCCGAUUAAAAACCAAACAAUGGAGGGACUGAGCGGGAAUUGCCCGGCGACCCAUUGCAGGGACCUGAUGUCGCACCCCGGGUUGGGGCGACAUUCUGGCACUAUAGCGUCUCACCAGGGCUCGGUGUACUCGGAUAUAUCUUCCCCAGACACCGGCCGACAGUGUCCUGCUCCCCAAACUUCCUCCAGUGCAUCUCUGAGCUACGGUUAUCCGUUUGGAAACCCUUAUUACGGUUGUAGGUUAUCUCACUCGCACAACGUGAACUUGCAGCAGAAGCCCUGCUCGUACCACCCUGCAGAGAAAUAUGCCGACCCCCACACCGCGUUGCCUACCGAAGAGGUGUCUAGCAGGGCGAAAGAGUUCGCCUUCUACCCCAGUUUUGCUAGCUCGUACCAAGCGGUUCCUGGAUAUCUAGAUAUGUCUGUGGUGCCCGGGAUCAGCCACCCCGAACCCAGGCACGACGCGUUGAUUCCUAUGGAGGGCUACCAGCACUGGGCUCUGUCAAAUGGCUGGGAUGGGCAGGUGUACUGUUCCAAGGAGCAAACACAGUCCACUCAUCUUUGGAAAUCACCAUUUCCAGACGUAGUCCCUUUGCAGCCUGAGAUCAGUAGCUACCGUCGUGGACGUAAGAAGCGGGUUCCCUACACCAAGCUCCAAUUGAAGGAGCUGGAGAAAGAGUACGCUGCCAGCAAGUUCAUCACCAAAGACAAGAGAAGACGCAUCUCCGCCGGGACCAACCUCUCAGAGCGCCAAGUCACCAUUUGGUUCCAGAACCGACGGGUGAAAGAGAAGAAAUUUGUCUGUAAAUCCAAGACUAGUAAUCACACGCCUACUACUUGAUAGAUUUCCGGCCCAUUGUACACUGCAGCUGAUAUCCAUCCCACCGUCUUUCGAUCCAUAAUUUACCUCUUAGAGACAACCAAGCCUGAAGAAUACUUCGGCAGUGUAUUUUAUUUAAGUUCCAACAGUCCACACAUCCAUGCCAUCACCAACCGCUCUUUUUUCGAUAUAGAGAAAGAAAUGCUAUAAAAACUGUGAAAAUAUUGAGAAAUCAGUUAAACAUUGUUUUAUAUGAAUGUACAUAUAUAAAUAUAUAAUAUUUAAAACGAUAUCUGUAUUUCAAAAAGACACAAGGAUUGCGUGUUUUUUUUUUUCAAACCAAUUGACAUUUCCAGGACUUUUCGUCCAACAGACAGCCAGAUCAAAACAGACAUAUUACAUAUGUUCAUCGCGCCAUCAACAGAAAGAGAAUUGCAAUAUGGACAUAAACUGGUCAGGGAGAACGAAAACGAAUGAACUCGAAAGGCUACAGAAAAAAAAACUACAUGAGAUUUAUUCUCUUCAGCCAAGAACUCAGAGGGUUUUUGCGGGGGCUACGGAUGAUAAAAUGUUUUUGUUCAAAACCGCCCCUGUCCCCGAUUUCAGAAGCUAUAUAUGUUUUCUUUCUGUGGGAUAUGUUUUGUUAAUAAGGUAAAAGCAAGGCUGCUAUUGUUAUACAUGUAGAGUGCAAUGCCCUUAUUAUUUAAUGCAUAUUCUCUCGUAUCACAGGGUUGUCAAUUGGAAUGUCUCAAACCCUUUAUGUGUUCCUUUAUCAGUGAAGGAUAAUGUCUCUGUCAUGCAACUGGAAUGAUUGUAAGCAAUUAAAGUCAGUGAGUAUUACACAUAAAUGCACAAUCGAUUUCUUUUGUUUUCUGUUUAUAGUAGGCCUAUAUAUAGUAAAAAAAAACAUUUGGGUCUGUUCACACGCCUUCUAAGCAGACAGUCUUGUAACUUUCUUUCGUGCAGUAUGUGAACUGUAUUGUGGUGUUUAAAACGUACUGGUAAGAUGUUUCCUAAAUAAAUGAUGAAUAAUAACAUGAUGUUGCUGAAAUAUGAUGAAUUAAAUGAUGUGUUUCUUUCCUGUCUCCUCUAAGUCACUUAGUGGAACUCUUUUUGAAAUGUCAUCUCACAUCCCCAUGGGCUGUGUUGUCACGUCGCCGUUGGUUUUGAGGAACGUUUGAUGUAUGGCCUAGAGCAGGGAUGGGCAACUUGCAGCUGCAGGAAUUUGUUAUACAAUUGCAACAACAAAAAAAGAUCUCCACCCCAUGGAAAAAUGUGUAGAGUUGCAGAGGACUUGAUUUACAACUGCAACAUUUUCUCUACGCGACUUUUUUUUGUGUAACUGCACAAAUAGAUUGACUGCUCAGAUCAGUAGACUGGAUGUGUGGGCAUACAUGUGUGUGUGCAGACCUGCGAACCACUGCAGCCCCUCAUGAUGAGUUGACAUUUUUUUGUGGCUUCCUUCCCAAUAAAAGUUGCCCAACCCUG